GUCAGUUUUGAGCUAGGAGACUAGUUUAGCUGCUUAUAAUAGGUGCACACCCUCAGCAUAAUGACUGACAAUAAGAGUGUUCUGAACUCUCCCCUCGAGUGGCCAGACAUGUUACAGCAAGUCUUCCAGUUGCUAAAACUUGGCAAGUUGUGUGAUGUCACACUGUGUUUCCCAGAUGAGUCAUCAGACAAUGCAUAUUGUACGAUCCAUGCACACAAACUGAUUCUUGCAUCUACCAGUCAGUACUUUAAAGAACUACUGCUUGAAAAUGGCUUAAAUGACACAGUUUAUCUGGCAGAUGUACCAUCAGCAAUUAUGGCAAAGCUAAUUGGUCUGAUGUAUGGACAGACCAUCUCCAUGACGCCUGAUGAUGUCACUCCCCUCUAUCAAGCUGCCAAGCUUUUAAAGGUCUAUCCUGUCUGUGAAGCCCUUAAGGCAUUAGGCACAAAGGAACAAGGGCAAAUAGCAGAUGAUAACAAUGAUGAGUCUAUAGAAGAUGUCAUUCAAACAAAAAAAGAUUCCCAUACUGACACUCAUAGUUCAUUUGAUGAUGCUCUCCAUUCUUGUCAGUUUGAUCAAACAGAGGACAUGCACAUAGAUACUACAACAACGCUUUUUGCAGCUGACAAAAUAACACCAACGGCACCUUUCACAAGAACCCAAACUCUAUCCCACCAAAAUGACAAUCACAAUUCUACUUAUCACACAAAGAAAGUGAGCAACACUUUGACAAGCAGCGCCUCAGUUAACAAAACAUUGGUGAAUGACACCCUUGUUUGCACCAGCACCUUGGUUCAUCCCACCCAUAUUGACACCAAACGAAUGACCUCCACCCAUAUUGACACCAAACGUAUGACCUCCACCCAUAUUGACACCAAACGUAUGACCCCCUCUCAAGAGAUUCAACUUGUAAACUGGAACUCAGAUGUCUUGAAUAAUGCAUUGAAUAAUUCAAUGAAUUAUUCAAUGAACUCUAAAAGUGAUGUCAAGUUCACAAUUAAAGAACAAUUGGCAUCUGUGAACGGAUCAUUGGGAAGAUCCAAUGAUCAAACAUCUGCCUGCUUGCCAUUACAAACAUCAUCAGAAGAACAAUCAGAAUAUGUUAGCUUGGAAAAUAAAACAUCAAACCAACAAACUGAUUUUAUCAACCCACUUUUGCGCAGGUCUAAACGGCUAAUAGAGAUUGGUAGAAAUGAUGCAAUUGACGACCUUGACCUUGAUAAUAACAUCGAUUCCUUAGCCAAUCAUAGCCUCAGGAGGAAUAAAAGGCAAAAAUUCAGAAAUGGUACUGAGAAUUAUGACGAUGGUGAUGAAUUAAAAGAUGAAUGUCAUGAUGAUAAAACAACUGGUCAUGAUGAAGUAAUUGUGAAUAGAUACUCCUCAUUGACAUUUAUCUGCAAUAAAUGUGCCUGGCAUGGACAACUGAAAAUGGACUACCUCUGCCACAGUGCUCUAGAACAUUCUUUAGGGGACAAAUUCACUAGUGAUCAAACAUGUAAAUAUUGUGAGAAAUUCUUUGAGUUCAAGGUGUUAUACAAACAACAUGUCGACAAAGACCACAGAAAAAAACAUUGGGUGUGUCAUGGUGAUAAUUGUGAUACCAUUACAACUUCCAGAUUUAUGUAUGAUAAACAUAUAUUGAAAGACCACAAGACAAAAGCAAAAUGCCCAGUGUGCUUCCAAACAUUCACAACAUUGAAAGAUAUGAGGAAACAUUUGAGAAUUUCUCAUCAGAAAAAUGGCAAGUUGAAAUGUCCAAAAUGUCCCAAAACAUUCAGCAAAGUCCCGGGUCUCCAAGGUCACAUGACCAAGGAGCAUAACAUAUUGGAGAAUGAGAGAAAAGUAUGUGAUUACCACAAUUGUAAAUUUUCCACAUUGGAUCCUCAAGUAUUCAAGUGUCACAAAGAGAAACAUGAAACUAUUGUGAGCCACCAUUGUGAGCAAUGCAGCAAGACAUUUACCUCUGUUAGGAACCUAAAAAGGCACAUCCUGUAUUGGCACAAACGUAAUACUGGGCAGUGCAAGACUUGUGGGAAGCAUAUUCAUGGGCCAGCCAAUCAGAUUGCAGUUCAUGAGAAAUCAUGUGGACCACAAGGAGCCAAAGAUUUUGCUUGUGAUCAAUGCAAGUUUCAGACGGCAACAUUAAGUUCUCUAAAUAAUCACAUCUUCACAAAACAUGGGGUCACUCCAGAAAAGACAGAGGUUCUUAUUUGUUCCAUAUGUGGAUACCAGACCAUCAGGAAUAGCAUACUGAACCAGCACAUGCUAAGGAAACAUGGUGGAGAGAGGAAAUACUCGUGUCAGCUGUGUAACAAAAGUUAUCUUCAGAAGGGUGAACUAGAACGACACAUUAGCUACAGUCACGCAGAAAAGAAACCCUUUAUGUGCAGUAUAUGUGCCUAUACAGCAAAGACUCAACAGUAUUUAAAGCAGCACAUCCGUCUCCAGCAUAGCCACCCAGGUGUGAAGCCCUAUAAGUGUGCCUACUGUCCACAUGCCUCUGCUUUGAAAUCUAACUGUAGGAAACACAUACAGAGAGAACAUAUAGGAUUCCAGGUUCAGAUAGACCAGUUGUUCCACAUUGAGGAAAAUACAACUGUCUAAUUAUGAAUGGAGUAAUAUAUACAGAGAGAACAUAUAGGAUUCCAGGUUCAGAUAGACCAGUUGUUCCACAUUGAGGAAAAUACAACUGUCUAAUUAUGAAUGGAGUAAUAUAUACAGAGAGAACAUAUAGGAUUCC